AAUAUCUUCUCCGGUGAUUUGAUAACCUACAUACUAAAAAUCUGCUGUAAAUUUUUUCCGCUUGUUUUUCCCCUAGGUAAAGUGGAAGCAGCACUGGACCUCAUACUUAUCAAUUCAUUCCCUCUGGUGGGCAAUUCAGAGACAUCACUUAUCUGUAUCACUUCGAAGUGGCGUUCCCGUGAGUCUAUCACAAUUGAUCGAGACCAGGAGGAUGUGACAAACCAACACCGAGAGCCUCUGGAGGUCAGUGAAGACUCAAAGAGAGCCACAGCUAAGAUGGUGAUGUGGAAAAGGGAAAAGGCCAGCGAGACCAUUGGAGCAUACUACUGCGAAGGGAAGCUCAAGGAUGAGGUGACAAGGAUACAUACCAUGAAGAUGCCACGGGGAGCUUCAUUCCACCCAGUGGCCUUAACAGUUACAGCAAACAAGGGAGAGCACGUGAAUAUUUCCUUCAUCAGAAUGGCAGCAAAAGAAGAAGAUGCAGUGAUCUACAAAAACGGUUCCUUCAUCCACUCAGUGCCCAGGCACGAGGUGCCAGGUGAGCUGGAAGUUUCCUAUCCCCAUGUUCAGCUGCAGGAUGCGGGUGUUUACUCUGCCAGAUACAUAGGAGGAAACCUCUUUACUUCUGCUUACACAAGGCUUAUUGUAAGACGAUGUGAAGCUCAGAAGUGGGGCCCUUCCUGUAGCUCUCACUGCCCUUCCUGCAUGAACAAUGGCAUUUGUCAUGAAGAUACUGGGGAAUGCAUCUGUCCUCCAGGUUUUAUGGGAAAAACAUGUGAGAAAGCUUGUGGAGCCAAUACAUUUGGCAAAACAUGUGAAGAGAGCUGUAAAGAAAACUAUGGCUGCAAAAACUACAUGUUCUGCCUACCAGAUCCAUAUGGUUGUUCAUGUGCCACAGGAUGGAUGGGACUGGAAUGUGAUAAAGAGUGCAAACCUGGCUUUUAUGGGUCAGACUGCAAACUCAAAUGUAAUUGUCACAAUCGAGGGACGUGUGACAGAUAUAAGGGCUGUAUCUGCUCCUAUGGAUGGCAUGGUCUGCAAUGUGAAAAAGAAGGUUCUGCAGACCUUUCGCCUCAGAUAGAAAACUUAAUAGACCCCGUGGAACUCAACUCUGGUGUAGAAUUCAAGCCCUUUUGCAUAGCUACUGGAAUGCCACUUCCUAAGUCUGAAGAAUUUAAACUUUUGAAGCAAGAUGGAACUGUCCUAAGGCCUUCCCUCAUUGUCACCAGUAAUCGCUCUGAAGCCAUGUUUACAAUUAAUCGAGUCCUGCCCCGUGACACAGGAACCUGGGUCUGCAGUGUGCAGACUGUAGCAGGAAUGGCAGAGAAACCAUUUCAGGUUACAGUUAAAGUUCCUCCCGUGCCACAAUAUGCUCCAAGGCUAACAAACAGUGGACAUAACUUCCUCAUUAUUGAUAUCAACGCUGAGCUACAUACUGGAGAUGGACCUGUGGUGUCAACAAAGCUCCUGUACAAGCCAGCAAAGCGUUAUCAGUCCUGGAUGUCAGUGGAAGUUAAGGGCUCAACCAAAAGACUGGACAAUCUAGAACCAAAGACAGAAUAUCAGUUCUGUGUUCAGCUGAGUCGGCGAGGGGAGGGUGGGGAAGGACAUCCUGGACCACAGGCAAGUUUCACAACAGCUGCACUGGGUCUUCCACCACCUGAAGGUCUCACACUCCUUCCAAAAAGUAUGACAUCACUGAAUUUGUCCUGGCAUCCCUUAACUCUGAGGACAGAUGACGACAUUCGUGUUGAAGUGGAAAGGAAGAGUGUGAAUGACAAUGGUGAUGAGAGCAGUGUUAUCACCCAAGUGCCAGGAAACAUGUCCACUCUGAUCAUUAAAGAUCUUGAGCCCAGACAGCAAUACAUGUGUAGGGUACGAGUAAACACCAGGUCCCAAGGAGAAUGGAGCAACUACCUGUAUGCAUGGACUUUCAGUGACAGAAUACCUCCUGCACCAUACAACAUCAAGUUUUCCAACACCACAGACACAUCCUCAGUCAUUUCUUGGACAACUGCUGAGGGCCAUUCCAUCUCCUCCAUCAUCAUCAGCUACAAAAUUUAUGGCAAGGCUGAGUACAAUCAUAUCGACAUUAUCAUUAAGAACUCUACCGUUACUCAGUACCAUCUCAAGGGCCUGGAGCCAAACACUGUGUACCAGGUUCAGAUUAAUGCUCAGAACAACAUCGGCUUGAGCAACCCAAACACAUCCUUUGAACUGAAGACUCUUCCAGAAAUGAAAGCUCCAUAUGAAUCAAAAGGAGGUAAAAUGCUGCUCAUUGCUAUCCUUGGCUCAGCAGGGAUGACCUGUGUAACAAUUCUCCUGGCCUUUCUCAUCAUGCUGCAGUUGAAGCGAGCCAACUUCCAGCGCAGAAUGGCUCAGGCUUUCCAAAAUGUGGUGAGGGAAGAGCCAGCUGUACAGUUUAACUCAGGUACACUCACUCUGAGCAGGAAAGCCAAAAACAGCCCAGAUCCCACUAUUUACCCAGUUCUCGAAUGGAAUGACAUCAAAUUUCAAGAUGUGAUUGGGGAAGGUAACUUCGGGCAAGUCUUGAAAGCACGAAUUAAGAAGGAUGGCUUACGCAUGGAUGCUGCAAUUAAAAGGAUGAAAGAGUAUGCUUCAAAAGAUGACCACAGAGACUUUGCUGGAGAACUUGAAGUUCUUUGUAAACUUGGUCAUCAUCCCAACAUCAUAAAUCUUCUGGGAGCAUGUGAACACCGGGGUUAUCUUUAUCUUGCUAUUGAAUAUGCCCCCCAUGGGAAUCUACUGGACUUUCUUCGUAAAAGCAGAGUGCUAGAGACUGACCCAGCAUUUGCUAUCGCCAACAGCACCGCAUCCACGCUUUCCUCUCAGCAGCUUCUCCAUUUUGCAGCAGAUGUUGCAAGGGGAAUGGACUACCUGAGCCAGAAACAGUUUAUCCAUCGAGAUUUGGCAGCAAGAAACAUCCUUGUUGGAGAAAAUUAUGUUGCAAAAAUAGCUGACUUUGGCUUAUCCAGGGGUCAAGAAGUCUAUGUCAAGAAGACCAUGGGACGACUUCCAGUGAGAUGGAUGGCAAUCGAGUCACUGAAUUACAGUGUUUACACCACUAACAGUGAUGUAUGGUCCUACGGUGUCCUGUUAUGGGAAAUCGUUAGUUUAGGUGGAACGCCGUACUGUGGAAUGACCUGUGCAGAACUCUAUGAAAAACUGCCUCAAGGGUACAGACUGGAAAAGCCUCUCAACUGUGACGAUGAAGUGUAUGACCUAAUGAGACAGUGCUGGAGGGAGAAACCUUAUGAAAGACCGUCGUUUGCUCAGAUACUGGUGUCACUGAACAGGAUGCUGGAAGAAAGAAAGACCUAUGUGAAUACCACCCUAUAUGAGAAGUUCACCUACGCAGGCAUUGACUGCUCUGCUGAAGAAGCUGCUUAAGAUGGGAGCAAAGCUUCAUUCAAAACUGAUUAAAGAAAACCAAAACUCAACUUGCUGGAGAACAAGAUGUGGUGUGCUGUGUAGCUCUAACUGCAUACAAUACAGAAAUGUUUUACUACGGAUAUCUAUGUGUAUAUCACAUAGUAACCCCUGCCUUCACAGGCUGUAUAAGUGUAUAUACUGUCCUGAGCAGGAAUAGACUGGAGUCAUAAAAUUUGCUGUCUCACAGGCAGGUUAUUCUUUUUCUAAGUCAUAGACAAAAUGUAUAUGUUACAGCUAUUGUAGUGCAUCACCUGUUGCCAUCUUAGAUACGUACCAAGAGCUACUGAGAGCAAAGCCAGUAUCUUACUGCAGUACUUCAUAUACAUCUUGAGAUUCAAACAAAAAUGCUAAGCUCAAUGUGACAGUGGAAACAUGCAAGCAGAUGUCAAUCCAGUGUUCUUACCAAUUAGUUACUAUGACUCCUAAUUGAACAUAAAAGUAAAGUGGUAGAAAUCAUCUACUUGACAAGUCUGCUGAUGCUUGUAAGACAGAAGGAAUAAUAUGGUCCUUUCAUUGUUCAGUUUGACGGCAUUUGCCUGACUUCAAAAAAUAAGUGUGUAUUUUUAAGUCUUUGAUGCUAUGUGAAGCAGUCAUCUGGAAAUCAUCACAAAGCGUAGAGCAGAAGAAUAUACUACGCUAUUGGGGAUAUACAUGACUUUUUUUUUCUAUUUGUAUUUCAUUUACUAAUUUUACUGCACAAUUAUAAAUUACUACUUGUUAUAUACAAGAAGGACUUACUUUUCCUUAUUCUGUCCCUUAUGCUGGUUGCUGCAUGACCUUGUAAAAUACUUUACUGAAGGGCUUCGAAACAAUUUUAUCUGCCUGCCAGAAAGAUCUAGUCUGUAAGUUAGACAGAAAGAGGCAUGGUAAGCAUUGGCUUACCUGUUAGUGGGUCAUAUGCUCUGCCUUCCACAGUGCAUUACACCAGAACACAUUUCCCCCAUGUUGCAUUAAAGGGUCAAAUGGUUUGGUGGAAAAUAAACCCCCCUUGCAUUCCAGUUUGUCCUGAUACCAGCUGGGCUGUGGGCAGCUGGGAUUACGUCUUUAGGGUUGCCUAGUUUAGCACUGCAAGUCUGGUUGCAUUCAAAAUAUGAACUACUAAUGCCCAGCUCAUCUAGUUGCAGUCAGAUAGGCUCUUGUGGCUAGAUUAGUGACAUAAUGCUAUGAGCUCCCAACAAUUAUUAUUCCAAAUAUCUCACAUCUUAACAUCCUUUCCACAUCCCUACUAGUUUACACCUGCCUAUUCCUACACACGAAUUGACAGCAGCUUCACCUCUUUUGUUGUUUUUCAUACUUCAUCCUUAAUUUUCCCUCAUUAGGUACAGUUCUCAAGCUUCUCUCAGGGUAAGUUUAUGGUUGGGAAAGAAGAAAAGCAUUUCAGACAAGUGGUGCUGGAUGUUACAUAGAAUGUGCAGGUAGCCAUUUACAGUUGAGUGUUACUUACAGUUUGAAAUUAUCAGGAGCAUGAUCAGAGGUAGUAGAGCAUUUAACAAGAGGAAAUGCCUACAUACCACUUCUCACCAGGAAAUUCUCCCAUUAGGAAAGGCAGCGUUCUAAUCUCUAGAUGACCAGCAGAAUCAAAAACAAGUUUAGUUCAGGAAAUCAAGUCAGCAUACGUUGGAUAUUGGGAAAAAUCUCAGAAGCAGCAGUGAGGCAUUGGAACAGCUGCCCAGGGAGGUGGCAGAGUCAUCACCCCUGCAGGUGUUCAAGAAGAAGGUAAAUAUGGCACUGAUGGAUGUGGUUUAGUGGCUAUGGUGGGGCUGGGAUGACUAGGUGACCCUGGAGGUCUUUAAACUUUCAUGAUUCUAUGAAAGCACCACCACUUUCAUACGCUGCUCUGCACUCUUUUCCUACUAAUUCUUGCUGAUUCAGUCAUUGUUGUGGUUUUGUAAUUUGGUUGAUGUUGCUAUUCCACCUCAGAGCAUCAUGUGGAACAAUGGGAGUGAAGGAGACAAGGUUUUUGUCUUUCUUUCUUUUCUUUUUUGGUGGACUGCCUUAAAUGGGCAUGGGGGGAGGGAAGCGGCACCGGAGGGAAGGUCGGGAAGGGGACAGGGUUUUGCCCAGUUCCCUGCAAGGAGACAGCGUGGUUGGAACUUAACGCCUCCCACAGCCAGCCGGUGAGAUUUGGACUUGUUUUUCUCCUUGUUGAAACUCUCUCGUUGUUGUUUAGUGUCACUGGGUUCAUUAAACUGCCGUUCGUUCUCA